AUGCUGAACCGUAAUCAUCGUUCAGUCGAUGCAUCCCAUGUCAAAUCCCUGUACGAUCGUCGUCUAGAUAACUACAACGCCUUGUCGAAUUUACGCGCACAACGAAACUUAUUGUCCAAGCGAGCCAAGAACGACCCAGAGAUCAUUCAGCAAGCCAAACAUAUCAAAGAACAAAUCAAACAGCUUGAAACAAGUCUCGCAGCGACAGAAACUGAGCUUCUUCAGUGUGCGAUACAAAUUCCUAACGAUACGCAUCCAGACGUGCCUCUAGGCCCCGAAUCAAACGCCCGCGUAUUGAAAACAGUAGGAAAUGUUGACGCGUUAAUGGGUGAAAAAAAUGCUUGUCAAGAUCAUGUAGCACUCGCGACAAAGCUCGGUAUGCUUGAUUUGGAGCAGGCGGCUAUCGUCAGUGGAUCGAGCUUUUAUUACCUACAAGGAUAUGGUGCGUUCCUGGAGACCGCAUUGAUACAAUAUGCCAUGGAUAAGGCUGCAUCAAAAGGAUUUUUGGGUGUGAUUACACCCGAUAUUGUACGGACACCGAUUGCCUACGGAUGUGGAUUCCAGCCACGCGCAGGGGAAAGCUCUCAAAUCUACCAUGUUCAUGCCCACGACGACGAUGCGCUUUGUUUGGCAGGUACAGCCGAGAUCCCACUGGCAGGCAAAUUUGCCACGCGAGUCCUAGAAGAGGCAGAGCUGCCCCACCGACUGGUCGGAUACGGUAGAGCAUAUCGUGCAGAAGCAGGUGGCCGAGGAACAGAAACUAAGGGGCUCUACCGUGUACAUCAAUUUUCCAAGGUGGAGCUGUUUGCUGUCUCCACAUCAGAACAAAGUGACGCCGUAUUAGAAGAAUUCAGAGAGAUCCAAGAGGAAAUGUUUGCGGAAUUAGGCCUGUGCUUCCGGGUAUUGGAUAUGCCAACAGAGGAGUUAGGUGCAAGUGCAUACAGAAAGUACGAUAUUGAAGCAUGGAUGCCCGGACGAAAAGCAUGGGGAGAGAUAUCAUCCACUUCCAACUGCACAGAUUACCAGGCACGACGACUAUCAAUCAGAUACCGACCAACACAUAAAACUGACAAAAAUACACUGUUCUGUCAUACCAUCAAUGGCACCGCCAUAGCCGUCCCACGUGUGAUCAUUGCAAUACUCGAGACAUUCCAGCAACUCGAUGGAUCUGUCAAAGUUCCUCAAGUACUGCAAAAAUGGUUACCAGGCCAACCGAGCAUAUUGAGCCCUCCGAAACAUGACAAUAGCAGUCUGUAA